UUGCCGAAAUGAGAGGUGGGCGGGACCAAUGCUUAAAGGACCCGCAUCUUGUGAGUAGCGUAGAACGUGAUACGGAUGAUGGCGGCCGGCGCGGCCAUAGCCCUGGCCCUGUGGCUACUCCUGCCAGCAGUAGGAGUGGGAGAGGCGGGGCCGCCGCCCAUUCAGGACGGCGAGUUUACAUUUCUGCUUCCCGCAGGGAGGAAGCAAUGCUUUUACCAGUCCGCGCCGGCCAAUGCUAGUUUAGAGACCGAGUACCAGGUGAUUGGAGGUGCGGGGCUGGAUGUGGACUUCACCUUGGAGAGCCCUCAGGGUGUGCUGUUGGUCAGUGAGUCUCGAAAGGCUGAUGGGGUGCACACGGUGGAGCCUACUGAGGCUGGGGACUACAGGCUAUGCUUUGACAAUUCCUUCAGUACCAUCUCAGAGAAGCUAGUGUUCUUCGAGCUCAUCUUUGACAGUUUGCAGGAUGAGGAAGAGGUGGAAGGUUGGGCUGAGGCUGUGGAGCCAGAGGAGAUGCUUGAUGUCAAAAUGGAAGACAUCAAGGAAUCCAUAGAGACGAUGAGGACCCGGCUGGAACGGAGCAUCCAGAUGCUGACUCUGCUACGAGCCUUUGAGGCACGUGAUCGGAACCUUCAGGAAGACAACCUGGAGCGGGUCAACUUCUGGUCAGCUGCCAAUGUGGCUGUGCUGCUGUUGGUGGCUGUCCUGCAGGUCUGCACACUCAAGCGCUUCUUCCACGACAAGCGUCCUGUACCCACGUAGCCCCGGCCACGGAGGAUGAGUCAAACAGUGGAGGCCUCCCCAGACUCAGAGAGGACCCCGUGUAUCCAUCCCUUCCUGGUGAGCAGGGAGUGCAAGUGGAUUGCAGACCCUUUGGAUGGGGAGGCUCAGCACCAGUGCCUGUUCGUCGGAAGCUGAAGUGUUAGGCGCAGCGGUGUGGGGCUAUAUGGCUCACAGAUGCCCUGGCUUCUCCUGAUAUCGUGCCUUAGCUUAAGUCUUCCAGCCAUCAGGAUGGGUCAAGCUGUGCAGCUGCCCCUGGCCCUUACCCCAGCUGGACACACCCCACCCGUAAUGUCUCUGCUCGCUCCUGGGGAGAAGCCUACUUUGCUAGGGUCUGGGAAGGAGACACACCUGCAGAGUUCUUGCCAGGACAGUCACUUUUAUUUGAUAGGAAAGAGCCCUGGCUCCUCGGCCCAGUGGGAGCCAGCUGGUUGGGGGGACUGAUGACAGAACUCCAAGAGGAACCCUUCCUUCUCUCUGGGUGCAGCCCACCAGAGUCUACCUACAAGCCUCAAGGAACAAAGGGCAUCUGUCCUGGGCACUGGGGUCAAUAAAUUAUGGUCAGAAAAAUUAA